UUUUCAACAUCCUGGUGCGCAGUCAAAACUGUCUGCAAAGCAAAGAGAAAGUAGCAAGCUUGAGCUCCCAACAAUGUCAGGUUUGGAAGAAAUUCCGCACCUCAACUCCGAGGUGCAAGAAGAUGGGCAUAAUGAGGCUGGGGGAGAGGUGGAAGCCGAAGAUGAUUAUGUAGCCGACCUGUGCAUCGGGGGAUACGUGUUCUACAGGAACAGGAAGGAAUGGUCUGACAUUGAGCCACUGCCACAGGAUGAUGGUCCCAACCCAGUCGUGAAGAUUGCAUACUCUGACAAGUUUAUGGAUGUGUAUGAUUACUUCCGAGCCGUGUUAAAGCGAGAUGAGAGGAGUGAAAGGGCUUUUGCAUUAACAGCUGAUGCCAUUGAACUUAAUGCUGCAAACUACACUGUAUGGCAUUAUCGCAGAGUCCUUUUACAGUCUUUGAAGAAGGACCUUUAUGAAGAGAUGAAGUAUAUAACGGCCAUCAUCGAAGACCAACCAAAAAACUACCAAGUCUGGCAUCACAGACGGAUGGUUGUGGAAUGGCUGAAUGAUUCUUCUCAGGAGCUGGAGUUCAUUGCCGACAUUCUCAACCAAGAUGCCAAGAACUACCACGCCUGGCAGCACAGGCAAUGGGUCAUUCAGGAGUACAAGCUGUGGGAAAAUGAGCUGGAGUAUGUGGAGCAGCUCCUGGAGGAUGAUGUAAGGAACAAUUCAGCCUGGAACCAGAGGCACUUUGUCAUCGCCCACACCACGGGCUAUAACGAUCCAGCCAUCAUGGACCGAGAAGUUCAGUACUGUCUGCAGUCCAUCAGAAAGGCUCCUCAAAAUGAAAGUGCCUGGAACUACUUGAAAGGAAUAUUACAAGAUCGAGCAUUGUCGGCACGGCCAGGCUUGCUGGAGGAGAUUCUGGAGCUGCGGAAAACACACAGCUCUCCUUACUUGUUUGCCUUCCUGGUAGACCUAUAUGAAGACAUGCUCGAAAGCAAGAGCAGUAAUCAGGAGGAGCCCUUAACCAAGGCACUUGAGCUGUGUGAACUACUUGCAGAAGAAAAGGAUAGCAUCAGGAAAGAAUACUGGAGAUACAUUGGGAGAUCACUGAAAGACAAAUAUGGCACCAGUGAGGAAUCCACAACUCCUUUGCAAGAGCAUCAAGAAAACUGUGGAAAUGACUGAUAUGACCAAGGAUUUGAAACGAUAAUUUGCUGCAGAAAAAUAAUUUUGGCAACAGGUCAUCAUUACCACAUUGGUAAUGAGUAUUCAUACCAGCAAGGAUAAGAAGAAUGCAUAUUGAAAGUAUUCAAAUCAUAAUGCUGAAGUGUUUAAAUUGAGUUCAGGAGAGGUUUUGGGUGGUUGAACACCAAGAACCUCCUAUCACAGAAAAAAACUUAACUCCCUUAACUUAGGCGGAAACUAUAAUAUCUUGCCAAAACAUUGUGUAGCCAUAUUCUGCAUUGCUUAGACUGUAAAGUCUUUUGUACGCUAGAAUUAAUAUAAUUGUACCUGACUAAAGCUGUUGUCCUUGCUUCUGUUUACAAACUCAAUUUUAUGUUUUUCUGCUGUAUAGCAUUUGAUUUAUCUUAUGUUUGUAUGAAAGUGUUAUGUAGAAGAUUCAGAAAGGUAAAGUAUUUUCAAAGGGA